AAGGUAAAAGUAAAAGAGAAAAUGAUAAGUGUAAAGAAAGAAAAAGAUGAAAACUGGUUUGGGUUGAGAUCGAACCAGUAACCCAAUUGAGAUCAUUUCUUUUUCCGUUUACUUCAUAACAACAACUGACAACACUUCUAAUAGAUUGUGUUGUUCAAUCGCUUUUUCUUUGUGAGUGUCACAAUUUAAAUGAUUUAGGCCCUUAAUUAACAGUCAAUUCAGUAGCUAAAACCAUGUUUGACUAUCGUCCAUGAGGAUAACCAAGUAGUUUAUUUUUAUCUCUUCAGUGAUUGUGUCUAACGAUGAAGGCCUAACAUCCCGAUCAUUUCAGUUUCCACCAGUAACGAUUGAUUCAUCAAAAUGUGAUUUGCUUUUAGUAUUAACGUUACUUUAAUUGUUUUAAUAAUCUUUCAGAUUAUCGACUCUAUUAUGGGUCUUUUGUAUUCCAAAGUGUCUGUGUCUUCAAUGGCUAUUGUCAUCGUGAAGUAUUUAAUACUCUGUGCCUUAAUUGUUCACCUUUGUGAUUGUGAAUUGUUCAUUUGUCCAAAACCUGGUUCAAUACCCGAACCCUGUACUUGUGAUCGGAAUGGUACAAUUGGUGUAACAAUCAACUGUUCAGGUACUAAUCUCGCCAUCGUUACUUUAUCUCUAAAAUCCAUAAGGAAGCCAAUUGAUACUCUAACUUUAUCAUCAAUCAACGUGACGACUCUUAGUGGGCCAAUAUUUCAAGAUUUAACGAUUUACAAUUUGAAAGUGAUCCAAUCAAACUUGACGAAAAUAGAGCCAAGCACUUUCGAAAGUGUCAAAUCAACUCUACGAUCUCUGGAUUUGUCUGACAACAAAUUAACUUCUCUGGACGAUGUAAUUAAAACCACUGAACUUAUUCACAAUUUAACUCGACUUAAUUUAUCCGGAAACAAGAUAAACAAGAUUAGUGAUAAGAGUUUUUCGAAGCUAAAGAAUCUCAGAGAAUUAUCUCUUUCUUCCAAUGGGAUUUCCAAAUUAUCGGCUGCUUCAUUUUCUGGUUUAAAAGAUCUCGAGUCUUUGGAUUUAAGUUCUAAUCUGCUGAAUAAACUGGAAAGAAAUGCAUUCAAAGAAUUGAAAAAGAUCAAAAAUUUAGACUUUUCUCAUAACCAGGUAACUGAAUUAGGAAGAUCUGAUCUAACGGAUUUAAUCAACUUGAUUACAUUUAAUUGUUCACAUAAUCAAAUAAGCAAAUUGGGGAGAUCGCUGUUGAGUCGAAAUUCUCAAUUGAAGGAAAUCAAUUUGUCUCACAAUCAGCUGAAAGAAAUUGAUUCCUACCUGUUGAAAGGUGUUCGUUUUCUCAAAGAUAUUAACCUACAGAAUAACAACAUCACGACUAUUGCCAAAAACGCGUUUAGUUCAACUACUCGAUUACGAAGUUUGGAUUUGGCUUAUAAUCAGUUGGCCGAAGUGGCUCAGGAAGUUUUCAAAGAUUUACAAUAUUUAGAUCGUUUAGAUUUGUCGCACAAUCAAAUUAAAAGAAUCGAAAGAGCUUCCAUAUCGAAAAUGUACAAAGUCGCAAUCGAUCUAAGUUACAACAGUAUCGAAAAGAUUGAGCCUGGUUCAUUUUUGGACGUUGCGAAUGUAACUACUCUCGAUUUGUCUCACAACAACAUAUCGGGAAUUCCAAAUUUGGCCUUUGAAAAUUCCGAUGUUACCAAUUUACUUCUUAAUCACAAUUUCAUCGUUGAUUCAACCAAAAUUCUCAUCUCUAAUUUAACCGGAAUCAAAAUGUUGAACCUUUCACAUAACCAAAUCACUGAUCUUAAUCGUAAAUCAUUAUCAACUGGGAAACUUUAUGAACUGGAAACAAUUGAUUUAAGUAACAACUUUAUUAAGGAUUUGACUGGAUCGAUAUUUGAAAAAUUUCAAUCGAUUCGGGAACUAAGAUUGAACAACAAUAAACUUCGUAAAAUUGGUUUUGGGGCUUUCGGUGCUUGUCCAACUUUAUUGAAACUUGAUUUAAGUCAAAACGAGAUCACGAUAGUCGCCAAUGGUGGAUUAUCCAGUUUAAUAUCAGUUCGUUUCAUCGAUGUUUCCUACAAUCGGAUAACCAAAUUAUUCACAAUUCCAAUUUCACUGAAUACUCUCUAUCUACAGCACAACCGAAUCGAUUCAAUUACUGCUGGAACUUUUCCGUCAAUGAACGCACUUCUCGAAUUGUACCUCGAUUCCAACAUAAUCGCCGACUUGGAGCCUGGAUCAUUGGCUAAUUUACUAACAUUGAGACUUCUUUCAUUAAGAAAUAACAGCUUAACCUCAGUUCCAAAAGCAGCACUACAACAAUUAACUUCAUUAUCGUACCUCGACUUAUCUUCCAAUGAUAUAACUCGUCUCGAACCAAGACAAUUCGGUUCCUUGCCGGUUGUCUUUGAACUUCAACUUCAGUCAAAUAAAAUCGACCAAAUCGACGACGGAGCUUUUGAAGGCCUAUUACAGCUUAUAAAACUGAAUUUAAGUGACAACAGUUUGAAACAAUUAGAGCCCGGAGUAUUUCGUACUUGUGUUUCCGUUCGAACUCUUGAUUUAUCGAACAACAAGUUAAACAAACUCGAAAACAAAACUCACGGUAUUCUGGAAGAUUUGUUAUCAUUGGAGAAUUUCAAUGUCAGCCACAAUUUAAUUUCGUUUGUCAACGAUCGAACAUUCCCUCGAUCCCCUUAUAUUCCAUACGCCAUUAAGAACGUUGAUCUAAGUUAUAAUUUUAUUCCAACAUUGACACCGAUUUUCGAUGAUGGUUUAUGGCGAGUGGAACGACUCAUUCUCAGAGGAAAUAUAAUCAAUGAGAUCAAAGCCAACGUGUUAUCGAAUAUGACAGAAUUACGAUAUCUUGAUUUAUCGUCUAAUCAACUACGUAAAUUGGAAAAUGUCACUUUCGGUGUGAACACUUUAAAUAAAUUAGAGUAUUUGUCAAUUGCUGAGAAUAAAUUAGCAGAUUUCAAUAUUGAAGAAGUCGAAUCAAUGAAAUCACUGAAAAUAUUCAACGCAAGUCUCAAUAGUAUCUCAGUGAUUCCAAGUAAAUCGAUCGUUAAAAUGCUUCGACAUGGAACACAAGUUUAUCUACAUGGUAAUCCAAUUAGUUGUGACUGCGAAAUAUUAUCUUAUCUCCGUUGGAAAAUCGCCAAGAAAGCAGAACAGAUUAUUACUAACGGGACCCUUUUGGAAGAAGAUACAACUUGUGCUUAUCCAGUCGAACGACAAGGAAUCGCCUUGGGUAAAUUGAAAUACAAAAUGUUCGAAUCAUGUGAAACCAAUGACUCGAGUAAAGUGAGCCAAGGAUUUAAUUUCGACCAAGAAGAGCAGUUGAAUUUACGAUUCAAAGGGUUUGAAAAACUUCGUGGUCGACGAAACAGCAUUCGAGUCGUUUGGUUUGUAGUUCGACGGGACAAGGACAUUUCUGGUUUCAAAUUAUCGACAAUCUCUGAAGAUGGUAAAGAAGUUGAUUCAGUUAAUUUAUCUUACGAUAAACGAGAUCAUGUUUACAAUAAUUUCAAACUUGGAAAUGGUCUCAGAAUUUGUGUGAAAGCAAUUGAUUCAAUGGGUAAACCGGAUUCUGAAUAUUCUGAUUGUAUUGACGGACAAGUGAGAGAUGUGUUUGCUGGAUUUAAUCGUCAGCACUUAUCACCUAAAUUAAUUGCAAACCAUGCGAAUCAAUCGCAAUUUACGGCUCAUCAAUUUGUUAUUUUCUUCAUCGUUUUGGUCUAUUUUGCUAAUUCGAUUGAUUAUCUUUAAUGAGAAUCAUCGUUGAAGAAGACGAGACAUUAACAUCAACCGCUGAUUUAAUUCAAUUACUGAUGUUACUUUUUGUUGAACAAUUUAAUUUGUUACCUGUUCAUCCAAUUCAUCACGAUCAACCAUCAACAACAUUUAAUUGAAUUACCAACGCCCUAAUCACUUAACUAACUGUAAACAAUAGUGAACGAGGCAAAAAACAACAAUCAAGUUUUAUUUUUAAACAAUUACCCAAACAAUAUGAGAUACUCACUGGCAAUUAAAUGUGCUUCUAGUCUUAUUUUGUUGACCCAUUAACAAUCAUAUUCAUCAUCCUACAUUAAUUGUAAUUCAAAUAAUUAAUUUCUAUUUUCUUACUACAAUGAGAAAUUAAAUAUGUCAACAUGUUCCUCAAUUAAACUCAUUAUAUUAAAUCUCAUUGAAGUUCACAAAGGACAUUGAACAUUGACCCAGUCAUUGAAAAUCAUCGCGAUUGAGUUUUAAUUGUUUGUCGAUUUCUAAACAAUUGAAUCACUAUUUCAACAAUAAUUUGAUUGAAAGUGCAACUUCACUGAAUUACAAUUAGUCAAGAUCAGCGAACGAAUCAACAUGAAUAUAAAAAAUAGACAAUUUACCAAACUAAUUGAAAGUAAUUAUUUUGAACAAAAAACUGAUAAACUUGAUGAAAAUUAACUUAAAGUAAAGGACGAACUGAGCAUUUAAGUAACUAUGAUUGAGAUGAAAAAGUUAAUUAGUCGAAAUUAAAAAAAUGUGAAGCAAUUGUGAUGGUUCUUAAAGGGAAUUAGAUUAACUAUUUAAUGGUAAUUAGAUAUGAAAUAGUUCAACCGACUGUGGCAACCAAAAUAAAUUUAGUUUAAUGAAAAGUUUGUUUAAAAAAAGUUGAUUAUUUGAAAUCAUGAGAGUGAAACUAAUAAUACUCAAUUACUACGAUUACUUGAUUUAGAAACAAAAGUCCAGCUAUCAUUUUGAUCAUCAGGAUAUUAUUAUAAUUGUAAGUUUGUAUCAUUUGAUGAAAUUUCAUCAAGUUAAUGCUGGAAGAUUAAAACUGUCAUCGAAACAGAUAAUAGUUGGUAACGAAUCGAAUCUCAUUAGUAGAAAAAUUGUCGAA